AAGCGUUUGUCCGUCAGUAAUGAAUUCGACGUUCAUUCAGUCAAACAUUGUAUGUCAACGCAUUCAACAGUUGUUCAAACAGUAUUUCAUCCAGAUAGAUACAUAAAACAGAUUUACGGAUCAAAUAAAUUGAACAGAAAUGGCCACAAAACAGAAAAAGUGGUUUAAAUCCGCAUUUGACGAGCCAAAUUCACCAGCGGUUAAGACACCAAAACGAGAUAGAAUACAAACCGUGUUUCCUAACGAAGACGAUUCGAUCAAUUUCAGUGAACUUGACCUGUCAUCGCUCGACAAUAACAAUCAAACAAGCGAUGACACACCAACACCACAGGUGUCUAUGCUUUACACCGAUUUCAAAUCGUCAAAUUGGAUUGAAAAUUUUUCACCGCGCACCAAAAUGGAAUUGGCCAUACAUGCGAAAAAAGUGGCCGAAGUUGAGGAUUGGUUCCGCGUAGUAAGAGAUCGAAAAAUGAAAAAUGCAGCGCCCAUACUUUUAGUUACCGGGCCGGCUGGCAGUGGCAAGACACAAACAAUCAAAAUCAUUGCCAAAGAUUUUGGAUACACUACUAGCGAAUGGAUAACUCCAGUGGACAUUGAACAUACGCGCCAUGAUACGAGAAAUGACAUGGAUAAAAUCACAUACACCGAAAGUCAGAUCGAUCGAUUCUCACAGUUCCUGUUCCAAUCAUCAAGAUAUCGUUCGUUGUUUGAUAUAUCAAGCAAACGAAUGGUUUUGGUUGAAGAUUUUCCAAACGUUUUCAUCAAGGAUCCGAACAGUUUUGAAGAAGUUUUAGAAAAAUACAAAAACUACGGAAAAUCGCCGUUGAUUUUCAUUGUGACUGACACAAAAAGUCGAAGUCUGAACAUCAGCUACAAUUUGUUUACGGAUGAAAUUCGGGGCCGUUUCAAUAUUACUUCGAUUGCAUUCAAUCCCGUUGCCGAUACAAUGCUGAAGAAGGGCUUGAAACGGAUUUGCGAUAUAAUGGGACAGCCCGGAUUCAAAGUCUACUACAGUGAACCGAGCAAAGAUCAAAUAGAUUCAAUUGUGCUAUCAGCGCAGGGCGACAUUCGCAGUGCUGUCAUCAAUCUACACUUUGCAUCGCAAAAAAACUCCACUAAAUUACUAACACAAGCAUUCAAUGAAAGUACCAAAGGCUCAAGUCGUGCGAAGAAAACCAAAGUCACAAAAAAGACCAAACUCAAAUCUCUGGGCACCGAUGAAAAUGUCACGGUUUUACAUGCACUUGGUCGUGUUUUUAACCCAAAAUACCAAGAUGCACCAGAUGUCGAUGGUCAUCGAAGAUUUAUUCAUUCACCGAAUGAAAUAGCCAGUACACUCACGUCACAACCAAUGACAUCUCUCAAUCUUAUUCACCACAAUUACGUUACUCAUUUUCAACGGCUGGAAGAAAUCAUCGAAGCAAUCGAUUGUAUCGGAUGUUGUGAUAUCAUGUUGAACGAAUGGCGGUCGGAUUUAUCAGCAGAAAUUGGCGUUGAUCUCGCUGUGCGUGGAGUUAUGACGGCAAAUGAGCAUCCAGUUACGGGACGAUGGAUGCCGGUUAGAAGUGCGAAAAAUCAAAUUAAAUCAACUGAAUAUGAAAAAGAGCGCCGAGAGUUUGGCAUUCCGACGCUUGUGACAUCGAACAAUUUUGCUUGUGAUUAUCGCACAUACAUCAAACUCAUACCGAAAAAAGAAAAGACUGACGAAUCCGAAGCCAUGGAAAUAACUGAAUAAUUGUUUAUAAAAUAAAUUGUAUUUUUCCAUUUUGUUUACAUUUUGAAAAAGUAAAAUUGCGAAAAAACAAUAAUAAAAUAAAUAUCAACAGUAUCAUUUGAGCAUAAUUGAAUGUCCCAAACGAAUGAUUAAAUUUGGGGUAUGUUUAGAAAUUGUGACACCGUUUGAAUCAUGUGUGAAAUUCGUUCACAUCAUAUUCAUCUCAUUGUUUGCAAACAAGGACCAUUUUUUGUUUAUAUUUGACAUUUGCACAUGAUGCUGCACAGAUUACUCUCACAUCUUUUGCACAUAUUUUUUCAAUACUUUUUACUAAAUACUCGUUUUGAUAAGUUUUUUUUUUUUCAAAUGUGACACACAAUUAAUAAUAAUAAAAGAGACGUUCGUUUAGUAAAAUAAGUAAGAUUCUAGAUUAGUUUUAAUUUUAAAAUUCAUCAAACCUCACUAAAUUAAAAAAUGGACGAAUAUGAAGCAUAUAUCGAUCAAUUACCGCAAAAAAUCACCGAAAUGCUCGAAUCGCUUGAUGAAGAGCCAACCGAAGAAGAAACUCUUGCUAUCAACGAAGCACAUGCGGAAGUAAAAAGUAAUAUUCAACAAGUCAAGCAAGAGAUAGACGAAUAUUUGGAACAUAUGCGAAAAUUGAGCGAACGUUUGAAGAAUGACCCCAAUGCAGACGCUGAGGCUUUGGUGGCAGAAAUCUUGCAAUUAUAUCACAUUGAAAGCCCAUGUGGUGCAGCCAGCAUGAGCAGUAAUUUUGGUGCAUCAAAUGAGACGAUCAACAGCAAUGGAACCAAUGAAACAAACAAGUCAGAUAAAUCCAAUUUAUCCAAUGAAAAUAACGAGUCAUACUACAUAAGUGAUGAAACAAAAAAAUCAAAAAACUCCAAAGAUAUCGAAGCAACUGAAACCAUUGAUAAAAUUAGGGCUUUAAGCAUACAAGAAAAAGAGUUGCCAAUAAGUUUGCCAUAAUUUUGAUUUAUAACAGAAAUGACACAUUUUUUAAGACAUGACAAAGAUUUUUUAAACUAUUUGCAUUGAAACAAAUAUCAUUUUAUAUAAUAAAAGUCAAAUAAACAACUAUUAUACUUUUUUAA